AUGCUGCGUGAGACAGAGGGGGUUACCGGCCCCACUUAUAUCAGCCCCCCUGACCUUUACCGCUUUACUCCUCUCCGGGAGGAGAAAGCGCCAGUGGCCAAGUUUCAGUCCAACGAAGCCCGAGGGCAGAAGCUAGUGAAGGUGUUCUCCAUCAUCUCAGCUCGGACAAAUGGAGCUGACCGGCAGAUCUUGGACCAGCUGACCGCUCAGGGCAUCACACCUACACAUGAUCUACACCAGAGCGAUGUCAUUCUGCUGUUUUGUCCAAUCCUGACACGAACCGCAUCGCAUCUGACCUUGAUGCAGCCGUCAGAAAGAUUCCAGAAUUCAGGACUUCUGCAGUGCGACAGGAACAAGGAGGCGGUGCGGACCCUCAAGACCCUCUGUGACCAGUAUGCAACACCAGGGAAGAAAAGCAGCUCUUCACAAGUAAAUUUGCAGUCCAACAAAGCCCGAGGGCAGAAGCCAGUGAAGGUGUUCUCCAUCAUCUCAGCUCGGACAAAUGGAGCUGACCGGCAGAUCUUGGACCAGCUGACCGCUCAGGGCAUCACACCUACAGAUGAUCCACACCAGAGCGAUGUCAUUCUGCUGUUUUGUCCAAUCCUGACACGAAUCGCAUCUGACCUUGAUGCAGCCGUCAGAAAUAUUCCAGAUGGAGCAAAAGGCAAACCUGUGGUGUUGGUUCUGAUGCAUCACACUUUUGACCCAAACGAAGUCCUGGACAGAACCUGCUGGAGCAAACACUAUCCCUGUUUAAAGGAGGAAGUGCGUGUGCUUUUCCAUCAGACUUCAGGACUUCUGCAGUGCGACAGGAACAAGGAGGCGGUGCGGACCCUCAAGACCCUCUGUGACCAGUAUGCAACACUAGGGAAGGAAAGCAGCUCUUCACAAGUAAAUUUUCAGUCCAACAAAGCCCGAGAGCAGAAGCCAGUGAAGGUGUUCUCCAUCAUCUCAGCUCGGACAAAUGGAGCUGACCGGCAGAUCUUGGACCAGCUGACCGCUCAGGGCAUCACACCUACAGAUGAUCCACACCAGAGCGAUGUCAUUCUGCUGUUUUGUCCAAUCCUGACACGAAUCGCAUCUGCAUCUGACCUUGAUGCAGCCGUCAGAAAGAUACCAGAUGGAGCAAAAGGCAAACCUGUGGUGUUGGUUCUGAUGCAUCACACUUUUAACCCAAACGAAGUCCUGGACAGAACCUGCUGGAGCAAACACUAUCCCUGUUUAAAGGAGGAAGUGCGUGUGCUUUUCCAUCAGACUUCAGGACUUCUGCAGUGCGACAGGAACAACGAGGCGGUGCAGACCCUCAAGACCCUCUGUGACCAGUAUGCAACACCAGCGAACCACACGGUGAUGGAGGAGGUGAUGGAGGAGGUGAUGGAGGAGGUGAUGGAGGAGGUGAGGAUGGACUCGAUGAUGGCUGUGUAG